GACGUCACGACGGUUUUAGUAUAAAUAGCGGGGUCAAACGUAAACAAGUUUCACUUUCGAAUACAGCUUAAACGGAGAAAGAUCAAAAUUAAAAAGAUACUUUAACUACUUCAGAUUAAUAUCAACAUUUUAAAAGGGUUUGAAAAGUCGUGAGAUGCAGAGUUGAGGUAUUCCUUGGCCAGCUAGAGGGACUGCGACCAUGGCUAAGAGCAAGUUUGAGUAUGUGAAGCAGUUUGAGACGGAGGACAGGCUGCUGCCCAACUGCUGGAUCGUUGUGAGAAUUGACGGCAAGGGAUUUCACAGAUUCUCAGAGCAGCACAACUACAUCAAGCCCAACGAUGAUCGCGCGCUUGACCUGAUGUCGAGAGCUGCGGAGGCCAUCAUGGAAGAGUUCAAGGACAUUGUGCUCGCGUAUGGACAGAGCGACGAGUACAGCUUUGUGUUCAAGAAGAACACCAACGUCUACAAUAGACGGGCCAGCAAGUUGGCCACCAAUGUAGUGAGCCUGUUUGCCUCAUCAUUUGUCUACUACUGGCCGCGAUACUUUGGAACGCAGAUGAUGCAAUACCCUCCUGCCUUCGACUCGCGCACAGUCCUCUACCCCUCAGACAAGAACCUGCGAGAUUACCUCAGCUGGAGACAGGCUGACUGUCACAUUAACAACUUGUACAACACAUGCUUUUGGAAGCUUAUACAUGAGAAGGGGUUGACACCUGCAGAGUCACAGGAGAGACUCAAGGGUACCAUGUCCAGUGACAAGAAUGAGCUACUCUUCAAGGAAUUUGAGAUUAACUACAACAACCUCAGUGCUGUACAUCGCAAGGGAACAAUCCUACUGCGAGCCAAGAACGACCAAAUAAAUGGUGACCUAGACCUUGGUUUACAGUUGAUCCCAUCAGGGUCUUCCACAGCUCGCGGAGGUCAAAGUGCAAAGUCACAGAGAGUGGUUUCAAACCUCAGGGCGGGUAAAAACUCGCGACCAAACAUUGACAGACUGCACAUAGAUCUUAUAGGCGACCAGUUUUGGACCGAUUUCCCAGAAAUUUUAGAUCCACCAAAAAGAUAGCUUGAAGGUCAUGCGUUUUGAGUGUCGGGGAUCUUUAAUUGACGGUGGACUGUGAUACCUUUGAUUAUUAAUGUUUUAGCUCACCUGAGCACAAUGUGCUCAUGGUGAGCUCUUGUGAUCACCUUUUAUUUGUUGUGCGGCGUCAACAUUUGCCUUAUGAUCACUCUAGAGGCCACAUUGAUUGUAUGAUCUUCAUGAAAUUUGGUCAGAAGAUUCGUCCCAAUGAUAUUCUAGCAUGUGUGGAUUGCACAGAUUAACAUGGGAAGACGCUUUAAGCACAUGCGGGGAAGUAAAGACUUAGCAAUAGUACACUGAUACUGUGUAUACCAUGUAUUUAAUCCCAAUAUGCAUGUCAUACAUUAAAACAAUGCUAUUUGGAGUGCUUAUUUCCAAAGAAAUCAUUGGGCUAUCCUUAACAUUAAUCAUAGAAGCAAUGUUUUGCAUUACAAAAUUGGAUGCGAAUUGUACAUUGUUGUGCAUAAUUUAUGGUAAGGUACAGCAGUCACUUUUGGUGUAUGAUAUAUGUGUUUAAUAGAUGUACAAUUCAUGUAUUCCAUUUGAAUGAUAUUACAUAUGAAUGUUUGCAGUUAUACAUAAAAAUUAAAUGUAUGGUAUCGGAUUAUUUCACUUAUAUGAUUGCUUUGCAAUAUUAUUUCUGAUUUAUUUGUUUCUGAUUUCUCUUUUGUAAUGUUUAAUUAUAAUUAAUGGCAAUAAAGAAACAUAAAAUAGA